AUGAAGAUCAUCUGGGGCCUCGUACUGUUGCUGAGUACCGUGCUCACAAUGGGCACCUCCCUGCGGGAGAACUACUGCGAACGGAAUGUGACCGUGCGGUCCGUGCAGCCCGUGACCAAGCAGCGAACCAUUGUCAAGCCACCGUCCAAGUGGAAGUUCUGGAAGAAGCCCGAGAAGAAGACCGAGUUCUACAACGCCGAGGAGGAGCAGGUCACUUACAAGCUGGUCAGCGAGUGCUGCCAGGGCUUCAUCCAGGUCGAAUCGGGUCUCUGCGAACCCGUCUGCGAUCGCGGCUGUCCCGCCCAUGCCAGUUGCGUAGCGCCGCAACGGUGUCAGUGCAUUAGCGGUUACAUCUCCGCCCUGAACCACCAGGACGGAACCCACUACUGCGAGCCCAUCUGCGAGAGGGGCUGUGCCAGUGGCUCCCAAUGCGUGUCGCCCAACACUUGUGCCUGUCGCGAGGGUUACCAGCAGCUGGCCCCCUCUGGCGACGGAGUCAGUGGCGACUGCGUGCCCACCUGUCAGCUGGGCGACGGAUGUUCCAACGGCAAGUGCGUCGACGUGGAGCGCUGCUCCUGCAAUCCAGGCUAUUUGUGGGACAAGGAGGAGGACAGAUGCACGGAGGUCAGUGCCGAGUCGAUCGCCGAUGAGCUGGAAACAACUGAAUACAGUGCAAUGGAAGCAGCCACCGCAACUGCCACCGCUACUGCCGCCACCGACUGCCCGGAGGACUUUAUACUCUUCCGCGGCGAGUGUCGGGAGAAGCAGUUCAACAGCAACGAGUCGGGCUGUCUCCAGGGUGGCUGCGGUCCACACCAGACCUGCAACGAGUCGGGCCUCUGCCAGUGCGCGGACGGCUAUGUUCCGGAGGAGGGCGCCGAUCAGAACGCCAAUCUCAGCUGUCGCCGCACCCUGCUCGAUCAGAUACUCAGCCUCGACGCAGCUACCGAUGACGAGGACGAGUUGAAUCCCUGGACCAUUCCCAUCAUCGGUGUGGCCAGCGGUGCGCUCUUCGUGCUGCUGCUGGUUGGUCUGCUCGGCGGAAUGCGCCACCGCCAGAGACGAUCUGGUCCAAAUCCCAAGCCCAAGGAGGGGGAGCUGCAGUGUCAGUUUUCGCAGAAGAGCUACGACGUGGACGAGUGGGUGCCAUGAGGUGAAUCUGGUCAGGUGGGUCUCAUGAGUUCGGCUGUGUUAGAUCAUCUUUGAUUUUUUUUAUAUUAUAAAUAUUAUUUGAGAAUAAAGCUUACGGAUUUUAAUUGUGAAUGUUUGAA